AUAGGUAAUCUGCUAAAUGCUGUAAAUGUAAAUAGUCUGAUGUAAAUGUUGUUUUUUAAAAACUGAAAGAUACUAGAAAGACUUGGACCAAAAAUCAAGCAUGAAACACAAGCUGAGUGUGUUAUAACCCUUUCUCUGUCUCAGGUGGAGUUGGAGGGGGAGUGUGGAUGAGGAGCUUGGUGACAAUUCUCGAUCACCUCCAUGGAUCAUAGAAGAACCUCCAACCCCCUUUUCCCUCUCCUUCUGCUCCUCUUUGUCGAUUGUCCAUGUCUGAGUGGGCCAGCACGCUCUCCUCUCCUGCCUGGUCAGCCCUUCCUGAUUCUUUGGGCCGUACCAAACAAGGACUGUCUUGGUCGCCCUGAUCCGUCAGCUUUCGGAAUGGAGUGGGAGGGACGUGUUGCUGAAUUUUAUGAGGACUCACUGGGACUUUACCCAUAUUUCAAUACAGAGGGAGAGCCUGUGAAUGGCGGCCUGCCCCAGCACACCAGCCUGGAGCGCCACCUUCAGAAAGUGGAAGGGGACCUUACAGCAACUUUGCCACAGACAGGAAUGCCUGGCCUCGGAGUGCUGAGGUGGAAGGAGUGGGAGCCACAGUGGAGCCGAAACCUGGGGAAUCAGCGGAGGUAUUUGCAGAAAUCACGAGCAUUGCUCCGGGGUUUUUUCCCAGGCUGGAGCACAGACGAGGUGGAGAAAUGGGCUCAGGUGGACUUUGAAGCAGCAGCCCAAUUCAUACUCAUGGAGACCCUGAGAGAGCUCAAGAGACUCCGCCCACAGAGACUGUGGGGCAUGGCUCCAUACCCAAGCUGCUACAACUCUGAUCCCAAUCAGAUGCUGCUAGGCAAUUACACGGGCCACUGCUCUGCUGCAGAGAUGGCACUAAAUGAUGAGCUCAUGUGGCUAUGGAAGCGAAGUGAUGCACUUUACCCAAUCCUUGCACUGGAGAAACUCCCCGAUGGAACUAAGGGUGCAUGGCUGUAUGCAUCCAAUCAGAUCAGAGAGGCAUUAAGAGUGGCAGCUCUAGCAGGGACAACAUUUGAGCUUCCAGUUUUUCCACUGGUCAAGAGUAUGUACAUCUCUUCCAGUAGCUUUCUCUCCGAGGCUUAUUUGGUGAAUACAGUGGGAGAGAGUGCUGCACUGGGUGCAGCAGGAGUCAUUAUCUGGGACAGAUUCCUUACUACUAAAACACAGAGGUUGUGCUCUGAUCUUACCUCAUACGUGCAAGAAGUCCUUGGCCCCUAUGCUGUCAACGUAACCAUGGCAACACGUCUUUGCAGCAUGUCACUUUGCAAGGGCCUUGGCCGCUGUGUACGCAAGAAAGCAGAAGACCCUGUCUACCUGCACCUUCCUCCUGCCCACUUCCUGCUGCUACGCCGGGGAGCAGAGGGCAUCCGAGCAACGGGGCAACUCCCCCAGUAUUACCUGGAUGGGUGGAGACGGGACUUUCACUGCCAUUGGUUUGAGGCAUUGGAAGCAGCAGCUGCUGAUCAGGAGUCAGUUGGGAUUGAGAGUGGUGGUCAGAGGUCACUGCCCACAGUAAAGCCAAACAAUAUUGCUAUUCAUACUGUGGGCACAGAUGGUCAGAGUGAAGGGAUUGAGGAGACAUUUGGGCAAAGUGAGGAGACAGUGGCUCCCAUGACGCCUGCUGAACAAGAACCGUCAAAAAGUGGCUGCCCCGCCCACUUUGUGACCAUCAUACUUCUCUGUGUUCCGACAUUCUUCAGCUUCACAAACUUUAACUUCUAA